CUCAGGCCAGUAUAAAUAUAGGGAGCUGGAGACAGAGAUAAAGACAAAGUAAGAUGAACACCUACAGACUGAGAACAAUGUGGCUGCCCCUGCUUGUGUGCCAGCUUUGCCUGAUUCUGCGGAGUGAGGCCCAGACACCCAGCACUUUUUGCAACAUGCACUCAACAUUCAGACCACCAGUGAACUCGGACGUCACAGUGACCUGUGGUACUGAGGUUAUGGAGUUGAGUAUCUUGUUAUGCCCAGUCUACUUUGGUGGAUACAACGAAACCCUGAUGGCCCUCAACGCACAGUUCAUCCUCCCCGAGUGCCGUGGAAUACCUGACUGGAACAUUGACCCUCCAAUCCUGAAAUUCAAUCUGUCAAUAACUGCUGAUGCUGUGGCUGUCUGCUCCAACACAUUCAGGAUAACCAAUGAAGUUGGGACUGGGUUAUUUUCUGACUUCUCAAAUGUCCAGUUUGUUAAUAUAUCUGGCACCAUCAACUCACUGGAUCCCAGUGCAUCUAUUGUCACCAACCGCCGGCAGAUCAUCUACAUGUUCUCCUGUCGCUACCCCCUGCAGUAUCUGGUCAACAACAGUAAAGUCACAGUAUCAGGUGUGAGUCUUGCAGUGAGGGACAAUGACGGCAGCUUUGUCAGUACACUGAGCAUGUGGCUCUACAGUGACACUGACUACACUCAGCAACUCAUUGUCCCAGAGAAUGGAAUAAAUCUGAAGACCAGAAUCUUUGUGGGGGUGAAAGCCACCAGUCUAACAGAGAGGUUCCACGUUCUGCUUGACCGAUGCUAUGCAACAACAAGUCCCGUUCCCAACAACAGCACCUACUAUGACCUCUUUGUUGGGUGUACACGUGAUCGAAAAACCAGGGUCGAGUUGAACGGAGCGUCUCAGAAUGCACACUUCUCCUUUGAGGCCUUCCGUUUCAUUGAACACAAGAACAUAACCGUCUCCACUUUCUACCUGCACUGUGUCACCCGACUCUGUGAGGUGUCCUCCUGCUCGUCCUUACUGCCCAACUGUUCAGGUUCCUCCAGGAGAAAGAGAGAAGCCCAGGGAGUGUUGGCCAAUGAUCAGGCCACAAUCUCCUACGGACCCAUCAAGACCAAAGUGGACGACGGUCUUCCAACAGCUUCAUAAUGUAAGAAAUUCUACCAAGCUGCCCAUGAUAAUCACAGUCAUCAAAGCCUAUGCCUUUCAAUAAAAUAAAGAAAUGCACCCAUUGGCUACA